AUGAUACCACACUACCAGCCAUUGGACUUCUUAACAAUGUAGGAGAUAUAGGAGCAAGUGAAAAAGUCUGCUUUCGACUAUGUCUUGAUCGCCUUCUCGCCAGGAAUAAUAUCAUGGGUGUUCUCCAUUCUGCACGCCAAUCUUCCUAAGACCUCACGCCGCCUUUCUCCACGAGUCAAGCCCGGCGGGCCGCGCUGUCAAAAGAUGAUCAGGGUCCCGGGGAACAAGCCCGGCGACAAUAGGGCGCACUCCAUCGAAACUCCGGCGAUCGUCCUCUUAAUUGCUACUUUCUUUCUGGUUGGUGUGAGGAUAUGGGCCCGGUUCAAGCAAGCGUCAUGGAAGGGUUUGGGAUGGGAUGACUACACAAUUCUGCUAUCAUGGGUCUUUGCUACUGUGGUAUCAGCACUCAUGAUGGCCUCAUGUGCCUAUGGCUUCGGUCAGCAUAUCCGCAACCUCUCGAAGGAGAAUAAGCUCAUGACUUUGAAGCUGUUCUACGUAGCCCAAGCCUUCUACAAAAUCACCAUCAACCUAACCAAAACCUCCAUCCUGCUCCUCUACCUGCGCAUCUUCGUCCAGCGGUGGUUCCGCAUAGCAUGCUACAUCCUCAUGGGCAUCAUCAUCGCCUACAUGAUCGCCACCUUCGGCGCCUCCGUCUGGCAAUGCACGCCCGUCCCUCGCGCCUGGGACAAAUCCAUCCCUGGAACCUGCGUCGACAUCACGGUCAACUGGUACGCCAACGCCGGCUUCAGCAUCAGCACCGACAUCCUCAUCCUGGCGCUGCCCAUGUACCCGAUCUUCAUGUCACACCUCCGCAAGACGCAGAAGGUGGCGGUGGUGCUCGUGUUCGCUCUUGGUUUCUUCACGACGAUUACUAGUAUUCUAAGGAUGCAGACGUUGACUUUUUCGACUAAGACGCCUGAUACGACAUACGACCUCGACUCCUCAAUCUGGACCAUCAUCGAGCAAAACAUGGCCAUCAUCUGCGCCUGCCUGCCCGUCUGCCGCCUCCCGCUCUCCUACCUCUUCCCCAAAUACUUCGCCAGCUCCCGGCGCGAGCAACGCACCGGUCCCGAUGGGGACAUUGGCCACCGGGAGAUAUCUUCCCAAUCCGAGCUGCGAAGCUGGCAAGGUCCGCAUCAGCACGACGUCGCCAUCGAAGCCGGCGUUGGUCCCGGACCGCAUCAGGGCGACUUUGAGAUGGACAGGAAAUACAACUCCACCAUUUUUGCUUCUGGACGUCGCCCGUCAGCGUCGGGGUCUGUUUCUUCUGAUGGUGUGGAGGGAAAGACGUCGACGGAUGUGGGCGGCGUGACUGUUUAUCAACGGGACAGGGUUUCUACAGAGGAUGAUAAGAUGAUGAUGCAAAUUGGGGAUGCGAACAGCGAGGAUACCAUUUUCCAUGUGUCGUCUGUGUCGGCGACGAGGUCGAGGUCAAAUUCGAGGAUGGGGAUGGGGAUGGGGAACAGGGACAGGGAUAGAGAUAGAGAUAGAUCAUGGGAGAGGGGGAUGCAGCCGGCGGGCGGCGGCGGGAUUCAGAUGACUACGCAGUUUAGUAUUACUUAUGAUGAUGAGCGGUAGAGGUAGAGGGCAGUGUUAGCAGGUGUAAUGAUGGGCCGGCGUGCGACCGGGAUGGUUGGACCGGAUGGAUUAAUGGAUUUGCUUUUCAUGGUUCUUUGACGCGUCUAUGCUUGCGUGGAUUUUCCGUGUGACGUCCUGGAAGGGAUAAUCAAUCGAUGAAUAAUGGAGCAAAAUUAAUCUGG